UCUUGCGGAGAGUCGUUGUCGCUGCAGUCAGUUAGUAGCUCUUGGACCUCUCGGAGAGGCGGUCGUCGGUCGUGAACAAAAGUGCUUAUUGUUGCAGACCCAACUGCAACCUCCUCCAACAGCGCCGACCCACAAAAGCCGCAAGCUUGUAACCCGAUCCGGUCCGAGGUGCCUACGAAUCAACAACUCGCCCAGGUUGCUGUUCCCUCUCCGGUUCAGUUCGUUAACGUUGGAUUAAGUGCGCGGCUGUAUUUGGAAAAUGUUCCGCGCUACAGAAAUCGGCAGUGAAGAAACCCUGCCCGCUCUGGCAGAGUUUACCCAAGCGGACUACGAGGCGGAGGAGCGUAGGGACAUCGAGUGGGGCGGAUGGCGGGCCGAAGGAGCCAAGUUAAAACGACCCCAGCGCAGCUCCCUCCCCAACUAUGGUUUUGCACCGCCGCCCAUCCGGAUGGAGUACCGGUAUCCCCGCGCAGUUUUCUUUGUGCUGGCCACCAAGUUCUUUGAGGCCUUUGCAGCAAACGGCAUACGCACCGUACUUGCCCUAUAUCUUCGCGAUGAUCUCAACUUCACGGAAAGCUUCUCGACGGUUGUCCUGCACAUAUUUAAUUUUUUUGGACAGUUCUGUCCCAUAAUCGGGGCCGUAUUGGCAGACAGUUACAUGGGAAAUGUGCGCACAAUCUCGGCGUUUUGUUUCCUGUACGCCUUCGGCUGGCUGCUCCUCACGCUGACAUCCCUGCCCACUAUAGGUGUUCCCAUGGUAUUAAUGGUUUCCAUUGCCUUGCUCCUGAUUGCCGUGGGAAAUGGAUCUAUUCGCGCCUGCAUAACAUCGCUGGGAGCUUUGCAGUUUAAGCUACCGGAGCAGAGUGCCCAUCUGGCAGAGUACUUCUCCUUUUACUAUUUUGUAUACUAUUUUGGUAUCUUUUUGAGCAAAAUCUUACCACCGCUUGUGAGGGCCAACACCCAGUGCUUGGACAAAACGGAUUGCUAUCCGGCUGUUUUCGGCACCUUAGGAAGCUCAUUUUUAGUGGCUUGGGUUAUUUUCUUGAUAGGCAAGUGUUUUUACAAGUCUGAAAAGCUGGCAGCUGACAAUAUCCUUUUUAAAUUCUGCGGCUGCAUCAAAACGGCUCUGGUGGAGAAGUGGAGACGGAGAAAGUCCCCUAAACGGCCCAGCUACUGGUUGCACAACGCUGUUGGAGCCUAUGAUGAGGGAUUCGUGAAUGACGUAUCUCGUGUGUUGCGGAUCUCAAAAUUGUUUUUGCCACUGCCAUUUUAUUUUGCCCUUCUGGCGCAGCAAGAUUCCAGCUGGACUUUUCAGGCCACACAAAUGAAUACCACACUCCUGGGUGUGACAAUCCAGCCCGACCAGGCAAAAGCCGUAGGACCCAUCUUCCUCUUCAUGCUCAUUCCAUUGUGGCAGUAUGUGACUGCUCCACUUUUGCGGCACUACUUUAACUGGGAAUUAAAGCCCCUUCACAGCGUUACAGUGGGUGGCAUAUUUUCUGCGGCAGCAUUCUUUUGUGCCGGAGCUGUGCAGGAAAGAAUUGAAAAUUCCCCCGCUCAGACUGUAAACAUUGUCUGGCAGCUGCCGCAGUUUUUGCUUCUAAUGUUGGGUGAAUUGCUGCUCUCCAUCCCGGGUCUCCAGUUUGCUUUUACACAGGCACCAACUUCCAUGAAGUCCGUGGUCACGGCGGCCUGGUUCCUGAACAACGCUUUUGGUAAUCUUAUCGUAGUCGUUGUCACUGAGCUGGGCAUUUUUAGCUCCCAGAUGGACGGGUACUUCUUCUAUGGAGUAAUUAUGCUAGUUUGCAUCAUCCUAUUCGCCUUGCUGGCUUUUGACUACACGCUACAGGAACGCAAAGGGGGCUUAUAUUUGCGGGGUCUGGACGGGGACUUUGAGGAGAUGGAUAUUCCAAGUACCAGUCGCAGUGGAAGCAUUUAAAAAAGUGUGUAAUUUUUCAUGUUAUUACCUUAUAUUAGCUUAAAAAAAUAAUCUUUAUAUUUGUUAAAUUAUUAUUAAUAAAUUGUGUGUGUGUUGAUCAAGUUA